AAAAACUAAUAUUUUACGUUUGACUUCCAUAUGGAAGGCCGACAAAGAUGGCCGCCUUGAUUCCAAGGUACAGCCUGCAGGCAGCAAAAAGACAGACAACAUGCAUUGCGGUCGCAGCGGUGCAGACGAAUCAUUACUCGUCGGAACCACACGUCAUCAAAAGUCCGACUACUGCUUCUUUAAAGAGAGGUACAGGUGGCCGUAGUUCCUUCAAUGGAAUGGUGUGUACAGUGUUUGGUGCAACUGGAUUUCUUGGGCGUUAUGUAUGCAAUCGUCUUGGCAAGAUUGGCACCCAGUUGAUACUGCCGUACAGAGGUGAUAUGUAUAGCUGUUUGCCACUGAAACUCUGUGGGGAUCUUGGACAAGUUUUGUUUCAUCCAUUUCACUUACGCGAUGAGGAAUCGAUAAGAAAGUGUAUCAAGUACUCCAAUGUUGUUAUUAAUCUGAUUGGAUGUGAUUGGGAAACUAAAAACUUCUCUUUCCGCGAGACACACGUUGAGGGAGCCGGAAGACUGGCUAGAUUGUGCAAAGAAGCUAAUGUUGAACACUUCAUCCAUAUAUCAGCCUUAAAUGUGGGUGAUGAGAUAGAGUCACAUGUGUUGGACGGUGGUUCUCGGUUCCUCCAGUCUAAAUGGGAGGGCGAACAUGCAGUGCGACAAGAAUUUCCAGAAGCUGUGAUUAUUCGGCCGUCAGAUAUAUGGGGUCAGGAGGACAGAUUUUUACGUGUCUACUCUAGUAUAAUAAGACAUCAUUUCAGAACUGUACCAGUAUGGGAAAAGGGCGAACGUACAGAAAAGCAGCCGGUAGCUGUGUACGAUGUCGCUGGAGGUAUUACAGCUAUUGCAAAAGAUCCUAGGAGUACCGCUGGAAAGACUUACCAGUUUGUCGGGCCGAAACGUUAUAAACUGUCUGAUUUACUCGACUGGUUCCAUAAGAUACGAAUACGCAACCCAAUAGGCUACGGUUACAUGAGACUAGACCUGAAAUACGCUCCGUUAUUCAAACUGAAGGUUUCUUUGAAUGAGUUCCUAAGUACCGCGUAUCCACUAGGAAAUUUACAGUGGGAACAUUUGGAAAGAGAAUCGAUAUCUGACAAAGUGUUGAAAGACCUACCAACUCUGGAAGAUCUUGGUAUCGUACCAACAACGAUGGAAUCACGAAUGCACUGGGAGUUGAAGCCGUUCCGUAAAGACGUUCAAUAUAUGGAAAGUGUUGGUGAGUUCGAUCCUAUUCCGAAUCCACCAACCGUUCCGAUUCAUUAAGCGCCCUAAACACGCUAGAGUGAAGUGAACCUAGAAUCAAGUAUGUACUCUUGUCAUUAAGUAAUAUUUACUGUAAAGAGUAUAUUGUUAAUUAAUGAAUAUUGUCAAAAAAAAAUACAUGUUAAAUUAUUUAAACAUUACUCUCCACGAGUUCCAUCAAUUUUAGAUACGUAAUACACACAUGUAUCAUAUUCGCACAAUAAUAAUAUAUUGACAAUAUAUA